AUGAAGACGACCAGAAAGAGCACCCCAAAGACCCGUACGGGAUGUACUACCUGCAACAUCCCGUUUAAAGUUCCUGGCGGUAGAUUUGAUCGCCAGCUCCUCCAUUUCUACUGUAUCGAAGCCGCAGCGAGUCUUUCGAGCUUUUCCGACGCGGACUUCUGGAAUCGACUCAUCUUGCAGAGAUGCCACCAUCAGCCAGUGAUUCGCAACGCACUUGUCACGCUCAGCGCUAUUUAUCGAGACUAUAAGUCCAAAGAGAACGCUGGGUUGGAGUCCGACCGUACAUCGCCGCAGCAUCUGCAACUAAUCGCCAGAUCUCACAAGCAGCUAAGGAUACAUCUCUGUUCACCCGACGCGUCAACUGAAGUUGCUUUGAUCUGCAGCAUGAUCUUUUACGCUUUUGAGGCUCUUCUAGGCAAUGCCGUACAGGCGAUCCGACAUCUCGAUCAGGGGCUGAUCCUGCUGGAACGUUGUCAGGCUACAGCGCCCGUGCACCGCGCCACGGAUGACAUUUUUCCGCGGUUAACAGCCUUGUUCGCUAGCCUGGACAUUCAGGCAAGCACAUACACUAAUAGCCGGCAGCCUAUAUUGUCACUUACUUCGCCAUUGGAAAGGUCUGGGCUUGUCCCGGUCAUCCCAGAAGGUUUCACCUCCGCAGAUGCACAAAUGUUACUCAUCAAGUUGCAGAACUGGAUGUUCCACCAUCUUGCCUCUUCCCACCCAUAUAAGAUUAAAGGCCUGCACCUUCUACCAGCAGAUAUCCUUAUCGAGCGACACCGGCUAUAUGACCAAUUGACGAAAUAUAUAGAAACUGUGAGCGCGUGUUCGACCUAUAGUUCUCGCCCAAGCACGGCAAAUUGUCUACUCCUUCGACUCCAAGCUCGGAUCUUCCGCACUAUCCUGGCCGAGGAUAUUUCAUCUCUGCAGGAUAAAGAUCGUGAGCCACUUCGAGAAUGUUUACAAGAUAUAUCGGUCAUUUUGGAAACUAUGUCCACGGUCUCCCCUGCACAGAAUAUUACUUCUGCGCAGAGAUCAUUCACAUUAAGUACCCAGCUUGUCGCAGCGCUCUACUAUAUCUGUAUGAAAAGCAAUCAUCCCAGCACAGUGGAGGCUGCCCUGUCAUUCCUGCGACACGAGAAGCUGCCGAGCCGCGAUGGGGUCUGGGACGCACGGACGGUAGAAGCUGUGGUGCAUGGCAUCCGACAUUCCAGCAAGCUGCCUGAAUGGCGAAUAGGCAAAGAUGAAGCUGCAGAAUAUCGCCUCGAGUAUGCCAAUGCGGAUGUUGUCAACGCAGCUAGUGAUGGGGGCGUGUAUGAGAUACGGGAAAUACUGCGACGUAAUGAGCAGUAG